AGCAGCAGCAGCAGCAGCAGCAGGAGCCACUCUCUGGCUCUUCUUCGUGACGUCACACACGUAAUGAGGCCCCGACCAGUUUUAUCGAAUGGUGUUGAAUGGGUGGCAGUACGCUCGCACAAGCCCUAAUUUCGCCCCGAUCCCCCUAUGCACUACUGGGACCUACUGCUGCUGGUGAGGUGAGGCAGGGCUUUUAGCGAGCGCCUGUGAGAGAUCUUGAGGCAUCCACAACAGGAGGAAAUGUUUACUGGCAACAUCAAAGUGAAAAUAUGCGAAGCUUCCGACCUCCGCCUUACCGACUGCAUGACUCGGUACGCUCAGGACAAGACCCUGGACCCUUAUGUCACCCUCGAGGUGGACGAGGUCCCCUGGACCAAGACGCAGCCCAAGCAGAAGACGUUCACGCCCGUCUGGAACGAGUGGUUCGAACACGAAGUGGCGGGCGCCGUCCACUUGGGCCUGAAAAUCUUCCACUUUUCGGCCGUUGGCCAUGAUGACUUCGUCGCGGACGCCACGGUGCCCUUUGAGGAGAUCUGUGCCGAUAACCAGACACAUGCCGAUCUCUGGGUGGACUUAGAACCUCAGGGGAAACUACACGUUGUAAUUGAAUUAAAAUGGGCUCAACUGGAAGAUGGAGGGGUCCGGCCGCGAGAAUUCCAAGAGCGGCAAGGCUUCAAUCGGCGACGAUUUGCCAUGAGAAGACGCGUUCAUCAGGUCAAUGGUCACAAAUUCAUGGCAACAUUCCUAAGGCAACCAACAUUUUGUUCUCAUUGCCGAGAGUUUAUUUGGGGUCUGGGAAAACAGGGAUACCAAUGUCAAGUUUGCACUUGCGUAGUCCACAAGAGAUGUCAUCAGUCUGUUGUCACAAGAUGUCCAGGAUGUAAAGGUGGUGCUGCUGCUGAUCGUGAAGCAGUCUCAGAAGAACCAUUGGUCAAGGGAACUGGCCAACAGCGUUUUAAUGUAAAUGUUCCACACCGGUUUUCUGUUCAUUCUUACAAGUUAUUUACAUUCUGUGACCACUGUGGAUCGCUGCUUUAUGGCCUUAUACGUCAGGGUCUUCAGUGUGAAGCAUGCAACAUGAAUGUGCACAAGAGAUGCAAAAGAAAUGUAGCCAAUAACUGUGGUAUAGAUGUUAAGCAAUUAUCACAAAUUCUUCACGCCAUGGGAAUACGUCCUCAGGACGAAGCCGCCGCAAAACGUCCUAAGAAGAAGUCGGUCUCUGAACAGUCAAAGGUAACAACAUCAAUUCAGAGUGUAAAUGUUAGCGGUUCAAUUAGCGAAGUAGAUGAGGAGGAGAUCAGACUUAGAGCUGAAGCCCAAAGAAUUAUGGAUAGCAAGAUGAAAGAGAGAUGCGCAGGAGAGGAAGGACUGGAAUUCAAGACCAAACCAUAUGACAUUCAAGAUCCAGUGUUUGGCGGGAAGAAAAUAGGACUCGAUGACUUCACAUUUAUUAAAGUCCUUGGGAAGGGAAGCUUCGGUAAAGUUAUGUUGGCCGAGUUGAAGGGAACCGAUGAAGUUUAUGCUGUUAAGGUGCUGAAAAAAGAUGUUAUACUUCAAGAUGAUGAUGUUGAAUGCACAAUGACAGAGCGACGUAUUUUGACACUGGCGGCUCAUCAUCCCUUCCUCACUGCCCUUCAUUCUUGUUUCCAGACCCAGGAUCGAUUAUUCUUUGUAAUGGAAUAUGUUAAUGGAGGUGACCUCAUGUUCCAAAUUCAAAAGGCUCGCAAGUUUACAGAACCACGAGCAAGAUUUUAUGCGGCUGAAGUCACCUUGGCCCUACAGUUCCUCCAUAGAAAUGGUGUUAUUUAUAGAGACUUGAAGUUAGACAAUAUUCUUUUAGAUAGUGAAGGUCACUGCAAGAUUGCUGACUUUGGAAUGUGCAAGGAAGGCAUAACAGACAAUGCAACAACAACAACAUUUUGCGGAACACCAGACUAUAUAGCACCUGAGAUCCUCAAAGAGUUAGAUUACGGAGCAAGCGUAGAUUGGUGGGCAUUGGGGGUGCUCAUGUAUGAAAUGAUGGCUGGACAGCCACCCUUUGAAGCAGAUAAUGAAGAUGAUCUCUUUGAAUCCAUCCUGCACGAAGAAGUUUUGUAUCCUGUCUGGUUAUCAAAGGAAGCAGUUUCUAUAUUAAAAGGGUUUAUGACAAAAGAUGCAUCAAAACGUUUAGGAUGUGUAAUGGAGAGAGGCGGAGAAUUAGCCAUUCGUAAUCAUAAGUUCUUCAGAGAAAUCGAUUGGGAUGCCCUCGAGCAGCGAAAAGUUAAACCACCAUUUACACCCAAGAUUAAGGGACGCAAAGAUGCUGUCAAUUUUGAUGCUGAGUUUACAAAAGAAGAGCCCGUUCUAACAUUUAUUAAUGCUGAGGUUGUCCGUGCUAUAAACCAGGAAGAAUUUAGAGGCUUUUCAUGUGUGAACAGAGAUUAUAAAGCCUCAGUUGCUGCUCCAGUUCAAGCCUAAAUCAAUGCAGGACAGUACAAAGUUAUAUUGUGUCCCAAAACAUACAUAACAAAUUCCCUGGACUUGGGAGAAUCCAUUUGAAAUACGAUGGAGAUUAAUAAUCAAGCAGGUGAUCAAAUUAGGAAUUAUUUUUGAAGUUAUUUACACUGUAACAUUUAACGAAGUGCAAGAAAUAAGAAAAUUGGAUUCGGUUUCUUCUAAUUGGAUCAAAGGAUUCUGAAAAGGUAUUACUGUAUUACAGAUCUAGAACCUCUUGGUUGCAGUGUUUCAGAAAUUAUAUAACCUAUAUAUAUA